AUGAUAACGAGUUCUGCUAAUGUUGGUAUUGAUUUCAAUGAAAAAGUGACAUUUCAUGCACCUAAAUUGAGUAGCAGCUUGAGCCAAAAUGACACUGAAGAUGAUUUUCAACGAUCAACAAACACUUUGACUGACUUCAUGUAUCAAACAACAUCUGGAGCUUUUGGAAAUAUUUCUCAAACAACGAAUCGUAGUCGAUUGAGUCAGCGAAUGGAUAAAUUGACAGUUCAAAAAGAGGUUAAAGCUUCUGAUCUUGUUGUCAUUCGACAAGUUGAUGUAGUAACACCGGAAAGUUGUGCUAUUCGGCCUGAGGAUCUUAUGCCUACACCUAUUGACGUCAAAGCGAUCACGGAAGGUCAGAAUCAACAUCCUUUAUACGUCACUAGCUAUCGAGACAUUGGUGCCGACAAGGCACAGCUGAAGGUUGAUGCUGCACGACUUGGUCGGCCAAAUACCUUUACAAACUCGUUCAACGGCUUCCAUUAUCGCGAUUUUGGAUUAAACACUGCAGUGUCCAAGUCCCGUAUCUGCGAUCAGCUGGAUUUUACUUAG